GGGGGACAGAGUUCCGUGGCAGUUGAGGGAGGUAUCUCAGGAGCUUUGGAUGGUGAUCACCAACAAGGUGGUGCUGAGCCAGGCUGGCCAAGAUGCCUCUGGACUUCAUUCAUUGCAUCCCAGGUGUCCUUUGUGUUUUGAGUCUGAGCCAUCUAGCCAUCAUGAUCUUCUUCCCCUACUGGGCUCUCUUCUAUCACCACCAAUACCAUACCUUGGUGGUCGCCAGCCCAUGGAUCAUUUGUGUGAGGAAACAGUGUAAAUUCAUCAAGAACCUCGCCUCCUGAAGUUCCUCCCCUCCCUCCCAGCCCUGUCGGAAGUCACUCGGGCCUCGCUGAUCCUGUCUCUAGUGCUGUCUUUGCCGCUGGGGUUGAGCUUGCCGGCGCAGUGCGUCAAUCUCCUGAGCCGGCCGCUGCACGAGAUCAUGCCCAUCUUCACCAGCCUCAUCUACCUGAGCGUGGGUACCGCGGAACUGCUGUCUGUCAUCUUCUUCCGUCUCAUGUUGAACCAGCUCAAGUUCCUAUUAAAAGAGUUCGAUCUGUGGGUUAACUGGCCAGUCUACUUGAUCCUGGCCUCUUCUCUGCUCUACAUCGGGGUCGGAGCCUUCUUCUUCCAGCAUCAUGUGAAUUCCCCCAACUCUCAGAGAGGAAAGCAGUCGAUCUGCGAUAUAGAGGUCUCACCAGCUUCAAAUGCCAUCUCCAGAAAUCCGCCUUUAUAUAAAGGCAUCCAGAAGCGAACAUCUCCGGCUCCCAAAACUUCUGAGGUCCUUUGGGCUAACCGAAAGUCUCAAAGCUCCCCCUCCAGGCAAAAACUGAGGACUUCGAUGAAUCUGAAAUCCUUUUUCCCGAAGUCGUCUCUUUCUUGUAUCCCUGAGCAGAGUGAGAGCACCCUAAGUGCUAAAUCCUCCCUAAGUUACCUGGGCUUUAAGAUUGCUACAAACGUUAGACAACCUGCCGAAUGCAGUCCUUGUAGUUCUUCAUCAGGACCUGGAAGCCUCUAAAAUCUGGCUCUCAGGAUCUCAGAAACGCUUCCCCCUAUUUGCUACCACCUCCCCUCCUCAUGGCCAUAACCACCUCCUGGAUGGUGAAAAAAAAAAAUUAUUUUUUUGAAAAGUGCUUUCCCUGGUCCUGAUGUUGGUAGAGGCAUAGAAACGCCCUCUUUCCCCACAUCCUAUCUCCCCUUCCCGGACAUGGAUUAUCUGUCCUCUCUGUGAAGUCUGUCCACCCCCAAGUCCUUGGAGAAAAUGGGGGUAUAACCAAAAGCCUAGAUAUUUUGGGUAUGGUGAAGUCAAGUGGACCAGAAGCACGAAGCCAGUGAAUAAGGAAGACAGACUGACUGAUAAAGAAUGAAGAGAGGAAUGUCAUUUUCCUAAAUGAAAUUACUGUCAUUAAAGAAAGCAUCUGGGGUUUCUCCCCUAA